AUGAAGCAACCAGCAUUUGAAUUCUAUCCCAUUCUAUCUCUACAUUUUGGGGCCUUGGUGUUGCACUCUCUGGUUUCAUGUGGUUUCCGUGAACUCGAAUCAUCGCUGACUGAAGCUGGCCUCGAGGAUGUGACCCAAUGCUAUGCCGGCUUCGGUUUGUACCAUGAGGCCACCAAUCAGUAUGUAGCAGAUCGCAAGGAUCCCAGCGGCUUGAUGUGCAAGGCGUGCCCGUCUGGCACCUACUCGGCUGAAGUUCUGGAUUCAAAGGGCUCCACGUUUGCGUGCAAACCCUGCGCAGUCGGAACUGCACAACCAUCUGGUGCCUUGGCCCAGUAUGGCCCAGUUGUGGUGGAGAACAGUGCCGCUUUAGCCUGCGAUCUCUGUCCACCCGGGGAGCACCAGGACGAGGAGGGCAGCAGCAGCUGCAAAAGAUGUGGUAUCGGUCAGUACCAGCACCAAAAAGGUCAAGAGAAGUGUUUGGUGUGUCCACAAGGUACCACCACACCAGGUCUGAGUUCCAGUACGCUUGAGGACUGCGGUUGCGCGAAGGACACGAUCGACAUCGGGACGGCGGUGCAACCGGAAUGCGUGGCUUGCGGCGAAGGUCUGUACUGCCCUUUUGCUGCUACCUUGGAAGGCUUGAAGACAGGCAAUGCCACCAAGAGUCAUUUGGAAGUCCCCCGUAUCAUGGCAGGCUAUCACGGUACGGUGCACCGGCCGCUGGAGCUCUUCAAAUGUCAUUUGGAACGAUGCCCGGGCGGCCAACCUGGGCAAUGUGGCAGCGGUUUGCAAGGUCUCCCGUGCUCCGAAUGCCGAGAAGGAGAGAGUUGGGACGGCAAGCAAUGCGGAGCUUGUUCCAGCUGGCUGGUACUCGGAUGGGUGACGGUUGGCUUUGCGGCACUGUUGGCGCUGCCCGCCAUGUACUACAUCAACAAGCGAAGCGCGUCCGCCACAGCGAAUUUGAAGCAGACGGCCAUGAUCUGCUUCAAUAUGAUCGUAUCGCUGGCGCAGGUUUGCGCAUUGCUUGGCAUGAUGACGAUUCAGUGGCCAGGCGUUUUCAAUGAGAUGACUUCGGGAAGUCAAGUGCUACUACUUGACCUGGAAUCCACCCAUGUUGCCUGCAUUGGAGGCGCCAGUCCUUCCUUCCGCUACAUCCUGACCGUGUUAGUGUUCCCAGCUGCAAUCGCUUGGCUCCUUCUUUGUUUGGCUUUGUCCAGAUGUUUUCCUCAAAGAUUCCAGUGGAAGUGGGCUCAAACCUUCAAUACCAUGGGGGCCCUCAUGCAGGUGGCAAUCAACAUGAUGUCGAGUCUGGCCUUACAACCCUUCAUGUGCUAUCAUCACCCCAACGGCCAAGAAAGCCUGGUCAAAUACCCUGGGGUGCUUUGUGGUGGCGAAGCUCAUACAGUAAUGAAGGUGGCCGGAUACAUCCUCUUGAUCGUUUUCGUCUUCGGCUUCCUGAGCAUAGCCGCCUGGGCAGCCAAGAAGAUUCCAACGUGGGGGAGCAAUGGCCAGAUUUCUCGUGUGCACAGUUUCAUCUUUCUGAUCGCCCGCUUCCGCAUGGAUCGUUGGUGGUUCGGGGUGCCACUGCUGCUGCGCGGGCCCUUGCUGUCGCUACCUGUGGUGUGGGCCACUGAUUCGCCAGAAACGCAGACCUCUAUUGCGGCCUUCGUUGUGGCCAUCUUUUUGUUCUUGCAAAUCAUGGCCUGGCCCUGGAAGGUGCCUCUGUUGAACGUCAUGGACACAUGGGUGACGUUGUGGUUGUUGGUGCUUCUGCUAGCCACACCUGUGUACAACACGGGCGUGGUUGCCCAAACACAGCUCAAAGAACAAUUCUCAGUGAUCUUUAUGGCCUUCAUCGUGCUGGCGCUGUUCUUUGUCAUUGCGAUCAUCUUCAUUCAAUCAGCGCGUCGCUUGUUUGAUGCUGCUUCUGAUUUGGCGGCGGAGUGCGAAGGUUCGGUGCCCGAAUUUGUUCCAAUUUUAAGGCGCUUCUUGACAGAUUUGGAUCAGUAUUUUGAUUUGGCAGCAUUUCGGUCGGCUGCCAGUUCGAGCAAGAUCCAGCGUCUAGAGAACCAAGUUCGUUAUCAGAAAAGAAGGAGGGCGGAAGCAGAAACUGAGUUGAAGCGCCAAUUGGCGCCAAAGCAGGGUCUACGCAUCGAGAGCCUGUGGUGGUUGAGAACAGGGUUGGCAGAUCCUUCCAUACCAGCUCAGAGUUUGUCAUCGUUUGCUGCUGAGUUUCCUGUUCAGGAAAGGCCUGAUGUAACAAUUUCAAGAAAUUCAGUGAGUCGCUCGAGAGAUUGUUUCGCAGAGAUAUUGAAGCACAUGAACAAACAAUCUUUGGUAAAUGUCGGCCACGCAAUGCCCCUAGGUGAUGGAACUUUGUCAGAUCAAUCCAAAGCAAUUAUUUUCUUGCAUUUGCAUGACGAAGCCUGCAUGCGUGUGAAGAGCUUCUCUGACUUCUUGACGUUGUCCAAUUCCAGAUCUCGUUCUUCUGCCGUGCAGAACCAAAUUUUGCAAGUUUUUGGUCCCGGAGACGUGAUGAUUGAUGUCUUGUGUGAAUUGGUAGCGUUGGAAAGAAAAAAUGCUGCUAGAAUUGCUAAGUCACUGUUAGAUACUUCGCAGUCCGCCUGCGAAGCAUUGUUAGAAGGUUUCUUGAAAGAAUCAUCGCAGAGAAGAUUACGUGUUGUGCAUAUUGUGGUUGGAGAUGGCGCGCCGACCAAUGAAUCCGCUGUGAAGAGAAUGUGGCGUGCUUACUCCACCUUCAAGCCGGAUGUGCUACGCUAUAAGGUGUUGAAUGUUUGCGUUUCCAAACUGGCACAUCUUAGGGAGGGUCAAGCAAGCCGCGACGAAUGUUGUGCACUGGUCGCAGCAGAGUUGGCCAAACAGCUUCUCCCGGUGCACGACAAGCCCACUCCAACUCGGUUUUUUCUUUUCUCUGCUUGUGUGAAUACCAUUCUCCGAAUGUUGCUCUUGAAUUUGCCUCCUUCUGUUUGGAUGAAACUCCGGGAGGUGUGCCCACAAAAGCAGAACGGCAAACGAAUGCAACAAAUUUUGACAUAUUUCACGUUGCCAGAAACAGGUGCUGAUGUCCGACGAGCUGCCUUGUGUCUGCGCUUGACUAUGCAUGCUGUCGCAAUCACAGCUCAGAAGCCUACGUCUACAGAUUCUGUGCCGCCUUUGGUGCGAAUGGGACAAGGAAUGAAUGCGUGGAUGAUCUCCCGGCGUCUCCCGGCCUUCUCCAAACAUUUUGACACGUUGAAGGGCAUCCACGCCGACUUGCAUCCUCCACUUGCUGCUGCUGUGGUCAAAUUGUCCACCUUAGUCCAGGAUAUCGAGCAGGAGCAGAAAGGCAUUCUGCGUUGUGCUGAAACUAUGCUGAGCAGCAUCGCAGAAGCUGAGAUGAGCCGUUUCCUGUUGGAGGAUCCCCAGCGCUUGGAGCAUUUGGAAGAUUGGUUCGGUGAGCAGCAUCCCAGCCUAGCUUUGCGUCAUUUCACAACUGCGAAAUUCACUCUGGCGUGCCCAGAAGACUUUUUGAAAGCCGUUCACCUUGUGGAAUCUUGUGUGGAUCUGAUUCCGCAGGAAAGAGUGAAAGCAGUUCUGAAAGAUUACUUGCGGGUGAAAGAGUUGGCUCCCGAGUUGUCCGUUGCAUUCCUUUUGGAGCUUGCCUCUUUGAAGCUGACUAUUUCUCACUGCCCGGCCGAGUUGGCGAAAGCGCCUGGCUGCUUGGAUGAUUGCUCAGAUUUGCAGUUGAAAGGUCUCAGCAAGACCGUGAUGUCUAGUGUACGGAAGCUGUCCCUGGAGAAUACCGAGAAGUUUCCUUUCCUUGCUGCUUUGCUAACCAAAGGCCAACAAUUUGCUCAAGAGAAAUCCAAGCCUGAAGUGAAAAGUGAGCAGCCUGGUCUGGACAAAACGCCGAAGGGCGAUUCGUCCCAGGAGCAUUCCGUUGCCGCCGCUGCUGAGACAGCAGCGGGUGCUGCCACCUUUGCUGUGGGCCAGCAAGUGAUCCUUUCGGCAUCCAAACACAAAGAUAAGUACAAUGAAAAGAAGUGCGAAAUCAAGGCAUUGCUGAGCAAGAAAGUGAAAUUGAUCAUUCUGGAAGGUUCGGCCAAAUUUGAGGAAAAAACGGUGCCGAUGGAAAAUAUCCGUGCUAUUCCUGCUGCUAAAGGCACACCAGCAGCCUCAGCAGCGGUCAAGGAACAGAAAGGAGAUGAGGCAAAUAACGCCUUGGCAAACUCCUUGUUUGGCGACAAAUAG